AACCUCUCAGAACAAGUACCUAUUCUGAUUAUGAAAUGAAUUGGCCCACCUUGACCAAAGCAAUGGAAUGAAACGUAAAGAUCAUACAUUGAAGAAGAACUGUCAAAUGGUUCAUUCAUGGCAACAAAGCGAAGAAAUAUUCAGCUGAUAGAAACAUUUAACACAGAGGAACAGAAAGGAAGAGGAAAUGACACAGCGUGAGAUGCCUUUCCUUCGGGAAAGUGAAAUCCAUACAAACCAUCAUUCAAAUGAUGAACAUGAACAUUUUCCUCGCACAGGCACAUUGUGGACUGCAACUGCACAUAUUAUCACAGUAGUGAUAGGGGCAGGGGUUUUAUCAUUGCCAUGGAGUGUUGCACAGUUGGGAUGGAUUGCAGGGCCUGCAGUCAUGAAUGGUUUUGCUCUCGUAACAUACUAUUCUUCUUAUUUGCUAGCAGAUUGUUAUAGGUUUCCUGAUCCAGUCAGCGGACCACACAGGAAUUUUACAUACAGAGAGGCUGUGAAAGCAAUUCUAGGUGACAGGAGAGCAUGGGUAUGUGGACUAAUACAAUAUUUGGGCCUGUGUGGAACGUGUAUUGCUUAUACAGUAACUGCUUCAAUUAGUAUGAGAGCAAUUAGGCAAUCAGAUUGCUAUCAUAAGAAUGGACAUGACUAUCACUGUCAGUAUUCAGCGUACCCCUUCCUGAUAAUUUUUGGAAUAACACAAGUGAUCUUAUCUCAAAUACCAAGCUUUCAUAAACUUUCGGGCCUUUCAAUAAUUGCAGCCAUAAUGUCCAUUUCAUACUCGACAAUAGGACUGGGUCUUGGCAUUGCAAAAGUAGUUGAAAAUGGGAAGUUUUAUGGAAAUAUUGGCGGAAUCAGCAUGCCAGCGUCACAGAAAGUUUGGAAAGUCCUCCAAGCUGUUGGUGACAUUGCAUUUUCAUAUCCAUUCUCUGUGCUUCUCAUAGAAAUUGAGAACACUUUAAAGCCACAGCCUCCAGAAAACAAAACUAUAAAGAAAUCAUCCAUUAUUGCUGUAGCAACAACGCAUUUCUUCUAUUUGCUCUGUGGUUGCUUUGGGUAUGCAGCCUUUGGGGACAAUGCACCUGGAAACAUCCUGACAGGUUUUGGUUUUUAUGAGCCUUACUGGCUGAUUGACUUUGCUAAUAUAUGUAUUGUGGUUCACCUGCUGGGGGCAUACCAAGUAUUUUGUCAGCCUCUGUUUGCUUUCGUUGAAGAUUGGUUUUUGAAUAAGUGGCAAAAUCAUAGAAUCUUCAAUUAUGAAUGUGGCCUAUCCAUUCCUCUGGUUGGAUUACAUAAUGUUAAAUUGUUCAGGUUGUGUUGGAGAACUGCAUUUGUGAUCUCAAUGACUGGUAUUGCCAUUUUGUUUCCAUUCUUCAAUCAGAUUAUUGGACUUGCAGCUGCAGCUAAGUUUUGGCCAUUGGUAGUUUACUUUCCAGUGAGUAUGCACAUUGCACAGAAUAAAGUCCAACACUGGACAGUUGAGUGGAUUCUUUUGCAAGCAUUCAGUUUCGUUUGUCUUCUCAUCUUAAUGGCAUCGACUGUAGCAUCCAUUGAAGGCCUUGUGAAAGCUCGAUAGACAAUAGACAUAAUGGGCCUUUGGGCGUUCCAUUUUGAAUGCACGCUUUCCAUUAGCAUGCAAAUCAAGUUGUCGAACAAAUCUCUCUCUGCAAUUCUGUUACCAAGAAAACGAAGAAAUAUUCAUACAUAUAUUGUAUUGUAAAGGCAUGAUAAAAAUAUAUGGCCAUGUUCACAAAAAGGAGUUCCGAACUUUCUAUAUAACAAUUGCUACUGAGUGUCCCUGUUAAUGGAAAAAGUUAAAUUUGAAA